UGCCGCCUCUCCCUCCCUCCCUCCCUUGAGUCGUAACGCACACAGCUCGCACACGCUCAUCACUCACACUAUUCUCUCCUUAACUCCGCCACCCACGCGCCCGCCCGACCGCCGCAUGGGCGAUCUACGAGCCCACCCGUCCGGCGAGCUCCGGCCACCGGAGCUGCCGCUCGACCCGCUCGAGUUCCUCUCCCGCUCCUGGAGCGCCUCCGGCCGCGCGCUCGGGCCCCCGCCGCCGGCCGCGCUCGUCGUCAGCCCCAUCGCCGAGGACGCCGCGUGCGAGCUCGACGACGGGGGAUUGCCCUCCGCCGCCGCUGCCGCAGGGAGCUCCUUCUCCUUCGCGUCCGCGGCCACGUCGCAGCUCAUCAUGGAACGGAUCCUCGCGCAAUCGCAAGAAGUGGCGCCGCUCACCUCCGGCCGGCUCUCGCACAGCAGCGGCCCUCUCAACGGCGGCGGCUCCCUCUCCGACAGCCCACCGGUCUCGCCAGAGAUCGAUGACGCAAAGUACUGCAGAGCAGUGAGCACGCCGAAGCCACAGGCGUACCGGGCCGGCAACAAGACUGUUGGCCGGUGGCUCAAGGACAGGAAGGAGAAGAGGAAAGAGGUGACCCGGGCACACAAUGCGCAGGUCCAUGCCGCUGUUUCGGUUGCGGCCGUGGCUGCUGCAGUGGCAGCUGUGGCUGCCGCGACCGCCACAGCCUCAGGAUCCGGCAAGGAUGACCGUGCCGCCCGCACCGACAUGGCUGUGGCGUCUGCAGCCACACUUGUGGCUGCGCAAUGUGUUGAGGCCGCGGAGUCCAUGGGGGCUGAGCGUGAGCAUUUGGAGGCAGUUGUUGGCUCCGCCGUGAACGUCAGGACACCUGGAGACAUUGUCACUGUCACAGCUGCUGCAGCUACUGCAUUGAGAGGUGCGGCGACAUUGAAGGCGAGGGCUUUGAAGGAGGUGUGGAACAUCGCGGCGGUGAUCCCAGUAGAGAGGGGCACAGUGGGGGGAGGGCACAAUCAGAAGCACAGUGCGCCGAAGCAGCAUCGCAAGUUGGAGAGCAAUGGCAGUAGCAUCAGCGAUGACGUUUCGCUUGAGGAGGAGAACAACUUCCUGGGCAUCUGCAGCCAAGAGCUUCUUGCUCGCGGCACUGAGCUCCUAAAACGCACUCGGAAAGGUGCGCUGCACUGGAAGGUUGUAUCAGUGUACAUCAACCGGACGGGCCUGGUCAUGCUCAAAAUGAAGAGCCGGCAUGUUGCAGGGACAAUCACCAAGAAGAAGAAAAGUGUGGUGAUAGAUGUGUGCAAGGACAUCUCGGCGUGGCCCGGCCGACACCUGCUGGAGGACGGCGAGCACCGCCGGUACUUCGGCCUCAGGACGGCAGAGCACCGAGUGAUCGAGUUCGAGUGCACCAGCCAGCGAGAGUACGAGAUGUGGACAAAGGGCGUGGCGCGCCUCCUCAGCAUUGCCGGUGAGCGGAAGGGCCUCGCGUGACUCUGCCAGCGCCACCGCCACCGCCAACCUGUGGACGCCGGUGUCGGCCCGGGCCAUCUGUUUGCUAGGCUGUAGAUGUGAGGUUGAAGGCAACCGAGCGACAUGGGCAUGGGGGGGGGGGGGGGGUUCUCCCCCCUGUGUCCCACAGGAAUUAUGUAGCUAGGGGCUCCUGCUGUUGUUGGGGCAGAAAAUUAAAUCAAUGGCGGUGUGUGGUUUGUGUGCAUUGCAUGGGGUUCCAUCCCUCAUGGUAAGAAGAGGAAGGGCAUGCUUGGUUUCUGUGCUCUUCCUUCUUGUUCUGUCUGUCACCUGUAAGUUCUGCUCCUUUUUCUUCAUCUGGGGGUGUCGCCAUACACAAGUCUAUCUGGAGUUCACUGUGGCUAGAAAAAGGUAAAUGCUUUGUUUUUUAGACAAAGAUAAAUGCUUCGUUAUGUUAGUAAUUGGUAAA